GAGAAAAUAAGCACGUGACGAGGGUGUGCGCUGUUGCUUCAAAAGCGAAUCAGCCAUUUUCUUCAGAACAUUCCCUGAAAGGCUUGGUGCUGCAAGAGAAGGUUAACGUUAAAUCAGUCAUGGCAACCCAAGAAGCUCAAGCCCAGUUUAAAUUGGUCCUGGUUGGAGAUGGUGGCACUGGGAAAACAACCUUUGUGAAGCGACAUUUGACAGGAGAGUUCGAAAAGAAAUAUGUGGCCACUCUGGGUGUUGAAGUGCAUCCUCUAAUGUUUCACACCAACAGAGGAGCUAUAAAAUACAAUGUGUGGGACACAGCUGGACAAGAGAAGUUUGGAGGUCUGCGUGAUGGCUAUUACAUUCAAGCACAGUGUGCCAUCAUUAUGUUUGAUGUGACGUCGAGGGUAACCUACAAGAAUGUUCCCAACUGGCACAGAGAUCUAGUCCGGGUCUGUGAGAACAUCCCCAUCGUUUUGUGUGGAAACAAAGUCGACAUCAAAGACCGCAAAGUCAAAGCCAAGGCCAUCGUUUUCCACAGAAAGAAGAACCUGCAGUAUUACGACAUCUCUGCAAAAAGUAACUACAACUUUGAGAAGCCCUUCCUCUGGCUAGCCCGGAAGUUGAUCGGUGACCCAAACCUGGAGUUUGUGGCCAUGCCUGCUCUGGCUCCCCCGGAGGUUGUGAUGGACCCCCUGAUGGCCAGACAGUAUGAGAGUGAACUAGAGGUGGCCCAGCAUACUGCCCUGCCAGAUGAUGAAGAUGACCUGUGAAUUUGCUGUCGCCUGACGCUGGCAGUCUAGUUUUAUAGGCUACUGUGCGCAGUGGGGGGUUGGGGUGGGCAUAGCAGUUAUAGGGAGGGAAUUGGAGAGAGGUAUGGGACAAGGCCAGUCCUGUCCUGUAGUAAUUCAACAGAACAUUUAUAUGUGCUUUACUGGAGAAUGAGAGAUUUCUUCUUUUGGACCUGCAUUACUUGGCUUUUUUUUUUUCUUUUUUUUUUCCCCUGACUGCAGUUCUGGUUUUUGUUUUAGAUUUCCUAAUUUCCAUAAUUUAUCUAAUGGUGUGGCACUUCAUUCCCAUGUUUUACUUGUCAUAAUAAAGUUAUUUGUUUUGAAAGCACAAACCAUUGGAUCAGGAUUUUUAAUCUGAAUGUUCAAAUUGCAGUAGGGUAAAUGUAAAACCUAUGAACAAUUUGAAUGGGUUAGUUUCAGCAUGUGUAUGUGCUGACCGUAAUUACCUCAGAAUUGGUAUCGCAUCUCUGAAGAGAUGGUCAAGGUGGCAUUUUGGGGUUCCUGUGUGUCCUGGAAAACAUGCAUUAAUGCAGUUUUGGAAAAAUGUUAAACUUUCCAAAAUCUCCCAGGGCAUGCUUCUGAAGAAUAUUUUUGUGCAACUUUAAAAGGUAACUUGAAAGGUUGCAACCACAAAAACAAACUGUUACUGCUGUACUGCACAAUAUGCAGUUGACAUUGAACAUUUUCAGUAAUAAAAUUUUAUUUUUUGCCUGUCACUUGAUUUAUUGGCUACUGUUCAGCAUGUGAUUGACAAAGUAAAUUUCCACCAUGCCCUUUCCACCCUGAAAUGACAUUUCCAAGUGUGCAUUAGAUGUAUCUUCAUUUUGUCAUCUUAAUGAAAUGAGCUUAGUGCCCUGUUUUGUACCCUGGAAAUCACAGGUCUAGACUAAUUAAUUGUGGCGUGCAAUUGAAGUUUUGGGUUCUCAUUUGCCGACUCCAGAAAUAAAAUGUCAUUACGUGCAA